AUGUCUAAACCAACUGACCACGUAAAGCGUCCAAUGAAUGCCUUCAUGGUUUGGUCAAGAGCCCAAAGACGAAAAAUUGCACUGGAUAAUCCUAAAAUGCAUAAUUCUGAAAUCAGCAAGCGGCUCGGUGGGGAGUGGAAACUUCUGUCGGAUGCAGAGAAAAGACCCUUUAUCGACGAGGCCAAACGUCUCCGCGCCGUUCACUUGAAGGAACACCCUGACUACAAAUACAGACCGAGGCGCAAGCCGAAGAACACCGUAAAAAAAGACCGAUAUCAGUUUGAUGUGACUUACAACAUGGGGGAACAUGACGAUCUGGAAGGGACGUUUUUUGCGGACACACUGGCGAAUACUAAAAAAACUACCGCAGCAGUAGCUGCCACGAGAGCGCUCCUAAGCCACCCUGCACCCACGAACCACUACGAAUAUCUGGACAUCAAUGGUAAAAUGUCUGAAUUGACUGCAUCGACAUUUUCAAACGCCUCGCUUGACUAUCUGGGACGUGUUGCUGCAUUUCCAGCACUGGGAAUUCUUGGUGCAACACGCACGCACCCCUCAAUGAGCAACAUGGGCUUCAUGGUGCCCUGCAACUGCCCAGCGUGGGCGGCCGCUGCUUCUUAUUCCGCUCCUUUAGCUUAUGUGUUUUUGCCAGGAAUGAGCACGGCUUUGCACUAA